CAACUGCCUCCUAUCCUAUCUUAGUCUAAAACCUGUCAUCUUCCUCUUCUCUUCUUCUCGUUUCUUUAGUUCUGAAACGUGUAGAAUUAUUUUGUCAAACUUCUCCACCAGACAUGCUUCUCUUUUAGUUCCUUCAUCUCAAACGUGUGAGAAUAGAUUAUUACUAAUACAUCAAAGAUGAAAAAACUUAGAAGUCGAACAAGUGGAGAAAUUGCACAAAAGAACUCUAACAAGUUUCUAGCUUUUCUUGGUUGUACUUAUUCUAAUGGUCCCGGUUCUACCCAAAAUUUACUUUGGCGGUGUUCAGAAAACCAUUGACGCGUCUAGUGAAAUUCACGGUAAGCCGGAUAAGCAAAAAUUGGAUCCGCCACACAGGUCUCGCCGGUUUUUGGGGAAAUUGUUCACCUCUGACGGCUUCGACUGGUAGCGGUUGCAUAAGAUCUACCAGCUGCGGAGAAGCUGUGCCACGGGGUAACAUAAUUAACCGGAGCUUCAAAGUCAACUGCAGCAACUCACCAAAUCCACUGACGGAGAAAAGGUGUUUCGACCUAUGCGCGGGGUGCCUAGGAGCCUUGCUCUGAGAAUAACCUCCUACUCUGAGAGUGGCUAUGGCAGGAAUUGAAGCGAAAUUUUGGUUCGUAUUUCAGAAACGUUAAAGCUGCUUUGUGACCUACUAAUGGAGUUAAAUGGAUUUAUUAAGCUUUUGCAGCAAUUCGUGGGUAUGUAUUGAUUUGGUUUGAAGCUUUAAAGGAAAGGAUAAUGGAUGGUUAAUAUUAAGAUGGACUGUCCGUUUAAGGAAAUGUUAGUGGGUGGCUAAAUGUAGCUCAAAUAAGUUAUUUAUGUGUUUAUUUGAUCCACUUAAAAGAUUAGUGUCCAAUUUGAACUUCUCAAAUAACCUUAAUGUCUUAUUUGAGACUUCACCCAAUAACAAUAAUAACAAUAACAAUAAUAACAAUAACAAUAAUAAUAACAAUAACAACAACAACAACAACAACAACAAUAAUAAUAAUAAUAAGGGAAAAUUGUUAUUAACCCACUGAGGUUAUGGCAUUAUUACUAAUGCAACCUUGCAUUUUCGAAAAUCAAUUACUUAACCCCUGAGUUUUUAUUAUUCUCACUGUUUGCUCCCUCACAUUAAUAUUUGUUAAAUUAAAUUCAAUACAACUCUUAAAUUUAAUGAAAGUUGUCUAUAAAAUUAAAUUUAAAGUAAAAUAAAAUUUAAUAUCAUAAUUAUAAGUCAUUGUUGUUGAUCGUGAUUUUUUUUACUUAUCAACUCGAUCAUGUAUAUACUAUCUAUAUUUUAGGUCUUAGAUGGAUUGACAGCUUACAAUUAUUUCCACCCAAUAUCGAACAUUUUUUUAGGUUCGUUAUUAGUACUAGACCAAUCUUUUAGGUCAUGGAUUGAUAAAAUUCCUUUUUUCUUGGUAUUUCUUCUUUGCUACACACGAAAAAAAUGUCAUUGAAAUAAAUUUAGCCGAAUGAAUUACAAUUUACAAACAAGACUUUUAUAUUCAUGAUGAAGAGGUGUCAAGAAUUUUGAUCACAAUAUUUCAAACAACUUUCUUUGAUAUAUCUCAUGAAAAUUAUGUAGCUCGUGAGUCAUCUAACUUAACUACUUUCAUUAAUAUUUAUUCCACGAACGAGUAGCUAAGUAAAAAAUAACGAUCAAGAACAAUGAUUUAUAAUAAUGAUAAAUAAAAUUGUAUUAAAUUUAAUUUAACAAAUAUUAACAUAAGGGAGCAUAUAGUGAGAAUGAUCAAAGCUAAGGGGGUUAAUAGUAAUUUUCCCUAAUAAUAAUAAUAACAACAACGUUCACUACAAAAAAAAAAGGCGGGAUUGGCACGGAAUUUGGCACGGACUUAUCAAUUUUUCGUGCCAAAUAGCUUGUGCCAAAGUGUUUUUGGCACGGAUUUGGCGUAUCCCUGCCAAAAUCCGUGCCAAAUCCGUGCCAAAAUCUUUGCCAAUCCCGUGUUUUUUUUUGUAGUGGUUAGAUCCUCGGUAUGUGAUCUAUCGACAUUGUCGGGCUGAACCCGUCAAAAACGGUUUGGGUCAUCUUCCUUGGUGCUCUAAUAGCAAUCGUUCAAUAAUCUUAAUUUGGGUAGUUUGUUUAUUAUCUUAAUUAGGGUUUGUACAAGGAAGUUUUAGCUAAUAGACAAACAAUCAUUGUAACAACUUUAAACAAACACAUGGUUGUGAGAUAGGCUUGCUAUAUAAAACAACCUAAUUCUGAUGAGGUUUGUAGCUAGGGAGUGGGUUGGGUCAGUGAAGUAGUGACUCUACACAGCAGGCAAGGGGGAUGAAUACUUUGCUAGCUGUCCAAAUAAUGAGGGCAAAUUAAAAGAAGAUGGAAGCAUAGCAUGCAAAUGUUGUUGAGCAGCCUAGGUUCUACAUUUGGAAUUAUACAAAAAAUCACUUUGAGUAUAAACUAUAAAGUCAUCUUAAUUAUACAGGUAGAAUCUGAAGAUAUAAACCAAUAUUUAAGGUCAGCUUAAGUCUUCCCAUAUUCUCCAAGUAUAAAGAUAUAAUUCAAGAAUCCCACAUUGUCCUAACUUUAGAUCUAUUGGCUUAGAAAACAGCACAAAGAAGAGCCAGGCGAAAAAAAAUACUAUAGAGCCCGUUUGGUAACACUAAAAUCGGCUGAUUCGGCUGAAAUUUAUGAAGUGUUGGCGGAAGUGGCAACAUUGGCUGAUUCUGCUGAUUUAAGAAACAAUUAUUUUCAAAAUGUAUUUUAUUAAUAAAAUAAAGAAAAAAAUUAUAUGUAAAAAUAGCUAAAAUGGUCAUCUACAGUAAUUUCAGCCAAUACAGCCACAAAAGUAACGCCAACCUUACUUUUUCUUAUUAUUACACAAUUCAGCGCACGAAAAUAAAAGUUACGUGUUUGGUGAAAAAGUUGGCUGAUAAGCCCAAUAAGCCGAAAAACAAUGUUACCAAACGGCUUCAAUUCAUAGUUAUAACAAAUCAUGUUUUACAUGAGUAAGCUCCAUAGAAUCCAAUACUCAAGAUAAUUAACAAGAUCCAAUUUUUUUUUAUUCUUCUUAAACGCUAAUACAUACUCCGUAGUUCAUAAAAGGAGUGAUUUCCUCUCCAGAGGCCCGAGUCGUUUGAAACGCUAAUUCUCUCAUUCCUCAUUUCCUCCAUGCACUAAAUAGAGUAGCAUUUAAACACUAAUGUGAAAUUAAGAUAAUGUCUAUGGGCUUGAAUGUUAAGAUAUGAGAGGUCGCCCAAGGACGUAUGUAUACUCGUCGUUGAGGCUAACUAGGAUCUAAUUUCCUGUUAUAGUUUAAUUGGCUUGAAAUCUAUCAAGAUUUGAAGUUGCAUUAUGAAAAGUUAACUAGCUCAGUUGAAUUACAUGUUAUUUUGUACUAUGAUAUAUGAUGAGUUAAUAGAAAGGACAUGCAUACAAGAGGUUUGCUGUUAAUAAACACGACAGCCUCUACUCUUCCUUGUUUUGGCAAAAAAACAAUAAACCCAGCUGUCACUUUUUGUGAUUCACAAUCACACAUUUCACAACCAAAAAAUAAAGAAUGCGUCAAGACAAAAAAAAGAGAGUUGUAAGAUUUUCAGCACUGAUUCUCUCUUUGUUCUUUUCUCACCCACUUGCAUUGCUGGAACCAACUUCUGCUACUACAUACAAAUACACCAUACACACUCCCAUAGUGAGCUUUCCUCACUCCUUCAGGAACCAAAAAGAGCCCUUUUCAGUUCUACUUACUAAGCUAUUUUGGUUAGAGAUGGAUUAUGACAGUGGCUGUGAGUCUGGAUGGACUAUGUAUUUGGAGAACUCUCUCAUUCCUCCAUGCACUACAUAUUCUCAUGGUAAUGAGUUUUUACAUAAAAGUAUGAUAAAUAAACAUGAAGAAGAGGAAGAGGAUUUGUCUAUGGUUUCAGAUGCAUCUUCUGGACCUCCACAAGCAUUUGGAGAGGAGGAGUUUGGUUUGUGUUAUGACAAUUCUCCUAUUGAUGCUGCACUAUUGUUGCCUGCUAAGGUGGAUGCCAAAAGCCAUAAGAAGAAACCAAACAGGCGUGAGAAGCUAAAGGAAAAGGCUUCUUCUGCUCUUGAUGAUACAGCCAGUUCUCCCAUCUUCACCUCCACUCAUAAUAACUUCAGCCAGAAAAACAAUCACAGCUCAGGAGAGAAUGUUGUAGUACCAGGUUUUUCACAUGGCUACUCAACUACUCAAUUUCAUGGGCAGUCUACACAUCAUCAAGAGCACUCUGAGCUCUUUCAAUUGCAACCAAACCAGUGGUUUGAAAAGAGAUGGGGAUAUUAGGACAUCAUUUUUUGCUUUUGAUGUUGGCAGCAGCUUAGUAUAAUGUUUAGUUCUGGAAAAAUAACAGAGAAAUGUUGCUCUUGAUUCUAUUCUUUUCUUAUUCUUUUAGCUAUCAAUGCACUGGGGUAAACAACCCAAGCCUAAAAGGAAAAAAGAUCCCAUCUUGUUUCUUAGAAUUGCAAUUGUUUCAUUUAACUAGUUAACUACUAUGCCAGCGCAAAGCAUUUUUACAAAGAAGUAAAGAAGGUAAUUAACUGAUGUUGG